ACAAAGAGUGGUUCAGUUUUGGCCUGGCUGUGAAGGUGAGCGGAUGGAGUGUCAGUACUGUUACUGGAUUUGUAUUAAUAUUACGUUUGCAAGACAAUUGAGCGGCAUAGUUUGUGUUGACACGGCUUAUUACCGCAGUCUGCACAGCGUCUGCAGUGUGGCAAGCCUUCGCCUCCUCCGCCCCCCUGUCAGGUAUGGAGGGGUUAGGGAAAGGAGGUCGUGUUCCUGGGGCUGCCCCUGACAGGCCAGCUGACGCCCCUUGAUGUCUCCAUGGCCGUGGUGAGGCAGGAGAGGACUCAAGCGAAGUGAACGAAUGCAGCACAUAGGAGAAGAGGAGAGGAUACUUCUAUUAGACUUAAUCAAUGAAAGAAGAGCUGUUCUCCUCAGCAAAGCCACCGAUGCCCGCAUUAUACCGGUCAAGGCAAGAGUAUGAGAGGAGAUCACGAACUCUUGCUGCCAGUGGUCUGGGGCCGCAGAGGACUGUAAAACAGAUUAAGAAGAUUUGGGAAAACAUGAGAUCAAGGGCCAAGAAGUUUGUUAGUGACCAGAAGAAAAAACUGUGUCGAACAGGAGGUGGUCCUCCAAGUCCAGUCGUCAAGCCAGACCCUGUAUUGGAGAAAAUCCUUGCUCUCAUCGCAGACGAGCUAGAACUGGACCCAAACCACAAUGACAGUGACAGAUGGCCAACAGAUGUCACUGUUGUUGUUAUUAUUAAUGAGAAGGGAGAGCAGUUGGAUGAGCCGAUGGCCAUGACUGAACAGCCAUCCACAGCAUGCUCAGUGCCUAUUUUGCUCAUGCCUACCAGAGGAAAUGAUAGUGCACCUGCUGCUUGCACCUCUUUUGUUGAGUCAUCGGGAACUGCAGCUUUGCUCUACAGUCCUGCCAUCCACAGCACACCUCUUCCUUUAACUUCUAAGGACGUUCGUGGAACUGUAGUGUCAUCCUCAAGCUCCUCCAACCACUGUACACCACUUUCUUCAACCUCUGUUGAGGUACCUGCAACAGUAGCUUCAAUUUGUAGCACACCUCUUCCUUCCACCUCUGUUUUGGCAUCGGUACCAGUUACCUUUCCAAGUGAAUUGUCACCAAUACAGUCUUCCAGUGCGAGAGGAAAAGUGAGUGGGAAAAAGUUUAAAGCAGAGAAAAGGCAAGUGGAAGACAGUGUUGGCAGAGAGUCCUAUGAAAUGUUGUCAAAGUUUCAAAAGGAAGAACAUGAAAUAGUGAUGCAAAUUCAUAAACAAAACUUAGAAAAUAAAAAGAUGGAAGGGGACUGUCUAUGCCAAGCAAUGAAAAUUAUGUCUUCUAUACAUUCAAGAGUUGAAGACACUGGAAGAUGUGCAUGGAGCUGCAGGUGCAUUUGUAGAUUUCUUGGACAAUUCUAGAAAUGAUAAGGCAUAAAUUUGUUUUGUGGUGUUGCUGUUAGAUCAAGAUCCAAAGUUUCUUUACUCACCCAGUUUAGUACAAACACUUAUAAUAUAUAUAUAUAUAUAUAUAUAUAUAUAUAUAUAUAUAUAUAUAUAUAUAUAUAUAUAUAUAUAUAUAUAUAUAUAUAUAUAUAUAUAUAUAUAUAUAUAGUAAUCUCAGUGCUUUGUUUGAGGUAUCAUUAUAUUUUUUUGAAAUAGUACAUGGAUUCAUGUGAUAUAGGACUGAUUUAUUAUAUAAUUACUAUAUAAGGGCAAUGGCCAUUGAUAACUAGUCUCCUUUUUUACACCCCCAGUUUAGUAUAAACACUUAGAUAACACUUAGAUAAUCUCUGUGCUUCAUUAGUGAUGUGAUCAUUAAAGGAUUUUUUCAAUAAGACAUACAUUCUUGUGAUAUAUGACUGUGAUUUAUAAAUAGAGGUAAAGAUCAUUAAAACCUUGUCUUUUUCCUCAAUAUGUAUAUUUAUUUACAUUGGAUAAUAAAUUACUAUACAGUUAA